AUCUACGCCGUUCCUCGAUUCAAAAUCAUUCCAACGCCCUCUUCGCUCCUUCGCUUAGCUUCGUCUCUUCUCCUUCCCCAAAACCCUAACCCUAACCCUAAUUCUAAGCUUGAUGAUCACUCCGCUUUACGCCAUGGAUGCGCAGAAUCGUGCCCAGGACCUCACCACCGUUAUUCUCUCCGCCUCCCCAUCCGCCGCCAUCGCCGCCGCUGCCUCGUUCCUUCGCCGCCACUCCUCCGACCAGCCCCGUGCCUUCUUCUCCACUGCCUUCCCUGUGCUCAUUCGACGUAUCUUUGGGUUCGAUGAACCGUCCAACUCCUCCUGGCUUUCCCUCGCUGCCGAUGAUUCCGCUCUCGCUUCCGACCUCUUCGCGCUCCUCUCCCCUUCUGGUCCUCUCCUUUCCUCCAUAGCUUCCGUAGAUCGCCAUUCACUGAUUAAAUACGUUUUUCCCAUGGAACGCUUGCCGGAAUGGAUGCGCUUCGCUCUUCAGAGUGAUCGGUAUGCCUCGAUCCUCUCUGACCUCUGUCCUCUUUUCAAGUCUAGGGUUAGAGAGGACAAGAUUCAGGGCUGUUAUCAGUUGCAGCUCAACGUUUUCGAGUACUAUGUCUUCUGGUUUGCGUAUUACCCUGUCUGCCGGAGCAACAUCGACAGUCCUGAUGCGGUGUCUGCGAAGAAGACCCAUGGAUUCCGAUUGGAGAAAUGGACCUCGUCGCUGCCGGGUUUGAGCCAUUCUAGCAGGCGAUCGGGGCGGAAGACGGAGGGCAAGCUCUAUCUCCGGCUCCUCUAUGCUUAUCUGCGUGCUUUUGUCCCCAAAAAUGGCAUAGGAUCGUACCAGCCCUAUCGGAGCUCGCUACUUCACUAUUCUUCGAGCCAUGACGUUUCGGCAUUCAUGCAAGCGGAGUUCUUUGUUCACUCAUUGAUUCAUUUCUGGAUGGUGGAUAACGACUUCUCACCAUUAUCUCUCAGUCUUUGUCGUUCAUUUGGGGUUUCAUUCCCCCUGCGGGUGCUUCUGGGAGAGACCCCUCCAACUGCUGGUUUAGGUGAGCCGCUGGACUUGAUGGUGAAAUACUUGAAUUGUGGUUCAAUGGAAGAGAAUAAAAAGAUGAUGCCUGGUGGAAGCCCUGGCCAAGGGUGGAAGGGUCCGGCCUCAUUGUCAGUUGGAAAAUCAAAGAACAUGAUACCUUCUUGUGAGAGCACUGUGGACACUUGGAACCUGGCCUUGCAGAGGCCUUUGUACAGGUUUAUAUUGAGGACUUUCUUAUUUUGUCCAAUUGGCACUUCAAUGAAGAAUCCAGCUCAGGUUUGCACUUUGUGGGUGACUUUCAUAGCACCAUGGAGGACUAGUCUUGAAGAAUUUGUUGAGUUUGAGCCACCUGAAGUGCAGAAGUUGGAGAAUUUUAGGAAGGAGAACACUCAGGCGCAAGGGAGGAGUGGUGAAGAAGCCCUUUAUACACCUGCUUGGCAGUUUUAUGUCUUAUCCAAUUAUCCUUUUUACAGUUCUUUGGUUGUGCACUUUCUUGGCUUUGCACACAAGUUCCUCCAUGCAAAUGCAGCCAGUAUGAUUCAUUUGGUAUUAAAGGUGCUUGACAUUUUGACUUCUUCCAAAGAGUUGGUGUCUCUCCUUCAGAAAGUAGACGAGGCAUGCCAUUCCAAACCUGCUGGGCCAUCAUCUUUUUCUGGCAGUUUGUAUAAAUAUAUUCCAUCUAUAAGAGAACAGAUGCAGGAUUGGGAGGAUGGUCUAUGUGAAACUGAUGCUGAUGGGUGUUUCUCGCAUGAGAAUUGGACUCAUGUUUUGAAACUUUUCUCUGGUGCCGAGGAUGGAGCUCAAAAUCUGCUUCAGCUGUUUGUUCUGCGAGCUGAGCAUGAGCUCCAACAGAUUUCUGGGGAUGUCUCUCAGCAUCUUCAGGUUUUGGGCUCUAUCAGAGCUAAAAUAAACAUCCUCUUUGGUGAACGUGUUGAAAAACCAGAUUCCCUGGUUGACUCAAAGGAGGCACACUUCAUUCCUGGAAGAGGGGAAGCCUUCACACCCAAGUACCCAGGGGUGGGUAAGCGUGUGUGGGCUGAUGUGGGAUACAAAGGGGACUGGAUGAAGAGGCCAAUAUCCGACAAUGAAGUGGCAUGGUUGGCGAAACUUUUGAUAAAACUUUCGGAUUGGUUAAACGAUUCUCUGGGUCUUGAUCAGGCUGAAGACAGUGAUUAUGCCUCUGGACCAACUUACGUGGAGGUGAAUCCUAGAGUCCUUGUAAGGGGGCCUAAGGAGGCUGCACACCUAGCGGUGGCCUUCAUUGUUUCUAGUUGUGUGUUAUUGGCGCAAGCAGUGCUGAGGUUUAUGAGAGCUCACAGGAUGAGGGUAAACCUGCGUUUUUUUGCCUCAAAGAAAUUGGUGAUGGUUCUUAUUGUGUGUGUCAUCAUUGGUAAGCUGAUGAAAAGCAAGUAGCAGAGUUUUUUUGAGAAAUGCUUCGGUUGUGUUUGUACUUAAUGAUGUACAGCCAUACAUGGGAAGCCAGGAGAUCUUCCGAUACUGUUUUUUUGUUUUUUUUUUAUAUAUGCAUGCGUGUAUAUAUAUAUAUAUAUAGAGAGAGAGAGAGAGAGAGAGAGAGAGAGAGAGGUGUGAAUAAAUUUUGGAAGGAAAAGUGUGGCAGGAAAAUGUACUAGCUUGGGAAAAGAGCUGUGUGGAGGGUUUUGUUUGUGUCGAGUGUGGUUUAUGCUGCUAGUUCAUGGGGAUAUUAUUAAUUCAUUGAACAUCCAAGGGUGUCUUCCAGGUUUUGAAUGGGACCUCUUGUCAUUUUAAUCAAUUAAUUACUCUGUUUUAUGUUA